CUCACAUCGAUUUCAUUCCCAAAAAUUGUGUAAUGUAGCACGCGAAGUCAGGAGUUUUAGGUCUUUUGCCAGGGCAUGAUCACUGGUAAAGGCAAAUGAGGGCGAAGGUAGCAAAUUCGUAAACUGGGCCGCGUCUCUCAUCCAUAUCACAAUAUUAUCGACGCGCAAAGGGAUUAUGAAUAACAGUUGUGAGCCAGGAACCAGCUUAGCAAGCUCGUCACAGCGCACUCUCCUACCCAGAGUGCCAUGCGAAGUUAUGCAAAGUCCACAGCGGCGGAGUGUGGUCGCUCACCCACUUUGAUUGAACACAAUAACAUAAACCUUGAUAAUGGAAGUACAAAGCCAGCCUCAGAAUCCUGGCUCUGUUCCUGAAACAUAUGUAAUCAUUUACUGUGAGAGAGCAUUGCUAGAAGCGUCGAAUCUCCACAACCACUCUGCCACUGACACAGAUGGAAACACUCGCUGUGACAAGGCAUUGCUGGAAACAGAUGACUGCAAGGAACACAACCAUAGUGCAAGUCCAGCAAAACAGUUUGAGUGUAGCAAGUGUGGGAAAAUGUAUAAGACGUCAGUUCAGCUGAGGAAACACAUGGAGUGUCACAAUGGCGUCUCGCUUCACAAAUGUAGUGAGUGUGGGAAAGAAUUUUCACGAACGAGUUACCUGCGCAGACACAUGAAAUGUCACAGUGGUGUCAAGCCAUUUCAUUGCACUGUGUGUGCAAAUGGUAAAUCAUUUCUGUUAUUAUGUCAACUACAAGCUCAUAUGAAACGUCACACAGGAGUCAGACCUUAUCCGUGUAGUGAGUGUGGGAAAGAAUUCACAACAAAUGGCCAUCUGAAGAGACACAUGAAAACACAUGAGAGUGGUCACAGUGAUGUAAAGGAGAAACCUUAUCAGUGUGGGGAAUGUGGGAAAGUGUUUGCCAGAUCAGGUCACUUGCAGAUACACAUGAUAAGUCACAGUAGCAUCAAGUCUCUUAGAUGUGGUGAAUGUGGAAAAGCAUUCUCACAUCAAGUGUACUUGCAGAAACACAGGAAGUGUCACACUAGAAAGAAAUCAUAUAAGUGUAGUGAGUGUAGGAAUACUUUUACACGAUUCUGUGAUUUGCUAAGACACAAGUCAUGCCACCAUGCAGUCAAGUCCCAUCUGUGUAGUGAAUGUGGGAAAACAUUCCCACGAUCCAACAGCCUUCUGCUCCACUUGAGGCAUCACAGGGUAAUUAAGCCUCAUGCUUGUAGCAAGUGUGGGAAAGCGUUUACAAAAAGAGGCGACCUUCAAAAUCACAUGAUAUCUCACACUGGAGUCAAUCCCUAUCAGUGUGGUGAGUGUGGGAAAGCGUUUACAAAAAGAGGCGACCUUCAAAAUCACAUGAUAUCUCACACUGGAGUCAAUCCCUAUCAGUGUGGUGAGUGUGGGAAAGCGUUUACAAAAAGAGGCGACCUUCAAAAUCACAUGAUAUCUCACACUGGAGUCAAUCCCUAUCAGUGUGGUGAGUGUGGGAAAACAUUUACAAAAAGAAGCGACCUUCAAAAUCACAUGAUAUCUCACACUGGAGUCGAUCCCUAUCAGUGUGGUGAGUGUGGGAAAGCAUUUACAAAAAGAAGCGACCUUCAAAAUCACAUGACAUCUCACACUGGAGUCGAUCCCUAUCAGUGUGGUGAGUGUGGGAAAAUAUUUACAAAAAGAAGCGACCUUCAAAAUCACAUGAUAUCUCACACUGGAGUCAAUCCCUAUCAGUGUGGUGAGUGUGGGAAAACAUUUACAAAAAGAAGCGACCUUCAUAAUCACAUGAUAUCUCACACUGGAGUCAAUCCCUAUCAGUGUGGUGAGUGUGGGAAAGCAUUUACAAGACCAAGUAACCUGAAGGCCCAUUCAAAGAUUCACAGUGGACUCGAGCCUUAUAAGUGUAGUGAGUGCGGUAAAGCAUUUACUCAUUUUAGUGCCAUCACAAGGCACAUGGUUCGUCACAGCGGAGUCAAGCCAUAUCAGUGUGAGGAAUGUGGGAAAACAUUUACACUGAGAGGUACUCUGAAUACACACAUGAGGGUUCACAGUGGAAUCAAGCCUUUCAAGUGUGCUGAAUGUGGGAGAGAGUUUGCACGAUCAAGUACCCUGCGGUCUCACAUGAAGAUUCACAGUGGAAUCAAACCUUUCAAGUGUGAUGAAUGUGGGAAAGACUUUCUACGAUUAGCUGACCUACAGUAUCACAUGAGGGGUCACAGUGGAAUCAAGCCUUAUGAGUGUGAUGAGUGUGGGAAAGGGUUUGCAGCUGCAAGAACCAUGAAGAACCACCAGAAGAGGGUUCACAUUGGAAUCAAGAUUGGUGAAGCUGGGAUGGCAGUUACAGAACAAGAAGCAUGAAUAAACAUGUCCUCUGCACAUCCAAACUGGAUUCAAAUAUAAUUCCCGACAAUGCAUAAGGGACUGGUCAUGUGACUCCUUAUUUGAUACCAUACCAUUUGUUUUUGAUAUAUGGAACAUGUGGAAAGCUCGUGGAAAUGUGGAUGCAGCAGUGUCAAAACCAAUCUCAUUAAAAUCAGAUCUUAGUUCUCGCUACCGCUAAACAAAGAUCUGAGGACAUCCGAUUACGGGUCACGUCAGACCAACCUUGCGCGAACUUUGACCAACCAAUGGAAUGACCAAU